GAUCUUUGAAUGGGAUUGUGAGGUUUUUUCUUCGGAGUGAAUCAGUGAGGCUUUGUGAGGGUUGAGUGUUCUUCUUCUUUUUCUUGACCUCUGCCAGUUGCAAGUUACUCAGAAAUGACUUCAACUGCCUCUCUCUGACCUCACUCCCAGUUUUCAAUGGUAAAAACUACCAGAUCUGGGUUGUUAAGAUGAAGUCAUUCAUGCAAGGGAAUGACAUCUGGGAGCCUGUGAAUGGAAGAGUGGUGGAUCCACUUCCAGCAAAUGCUUCUCUAAAUCAGCAAACCAGAUAUGCUGAAGAGGUAGCUAAAACCCACAGAGCUCUUACCUGCAUCCAUGCUGCAGUUACUGAGGAAGUCUUCACAAGAAUCAUGACUUGCACAACAGCAAAGGAAGCUUGGGACAAACUUCAAGAAGAGUACCAAGGGUCUGAUAGAGGUAAGCAAAUGCAAGUUCUGAAUCUGAGAAGAGAGUUUGAAAGUCUGAGAAUGAAAGCAAGUGAAAGUAUCAAGGACUAUCUGGAUAGAAUCAUGAAAAAUGUGAAUCAACUAACGCUACUUGGUGAGACUUUUGAUGAUUCUAGGGUUGUUGAGAAGAUCUUAGUCACUGUGCCUGAAAAAUUUGAGGCUAAGAUCUCAACUCUGGAAGAUACUCAAGAUCUGUCUACACUGAGCAUAACUCAACUGAUCAACUCUUUGCAAGCAACUGAGUUGAGGAGUUCCAUCAUAAAUGAUGACAACUCAGAAGAAGCUUUGGUUGUAAGACAACAAAAGGCAAAAGGGCAAACUUCUGGAGUCAAGAAAACUCCUAGAAAGAAGAAAAAGGGUAAGGAGGAGCAGACUGAAAAACCAACUGAGAAGAAGGUCUAUCCUCCUUGUCCCAUCUGUAAGAAAACUAAUCAUACUGAGAACUACUAUUGGUAUAGACCUAAUGUGCACUGCAGGUCAUGUAAAAGACUAGGUCACGUUGAAAAGGUCUGCAAAAACAAGAGUAUCAGGGAACAAGUGGCUGUUGCAGAAGCCAAUGAACAGAACAAGCAAGAAGGGAUGUUUAUGGUUACCUGUUUCACAGCUACAAGCAGCAGUGAGGACUAGCUUCUGGAUACUGGUUGUACAAAUCAUAUGACCAACAAUGAGGAGUAUUUUCUUGAUCUGGACAAGUCCUACAAGUCUAAAGUAAAGAUUGGAAAUGGUA